AUGCAGCUCCGUCUGGUCCUUUGCCUGCUUCCCCUUGCAGCCCAGGCUGCUAACAUCGUUGCCUCCAACGACGAUGGUUGGGCUGAGAAGAACUUGCAUACCUUCUACGAUGCUCUGACCAGCUAUGGCCACAACGUCGUGGUUUCUGCGCCAGCUCAGGACAAGAGUGGAACUGGUUCCUCCGAUGCCACCCCAGGCCCUCUCACCCGGCCCUGCCAGUUCAACACCUGUCCUGCUGGCAGCCCUCCCACCGGCUAUGACAGCAACAACCCACGAUUCAACUAUGUCAACUCCUUCCCUGUCACCGCAAUGAGAUACGGCAUCCAGACCGUCGCCCCUCAUUUCUUCGGUAGCCCAGACCUUGCUGUCGCCGGUCCCAAUGUUGGCGCCAACCUAGGCAAAACUGUCCAGAUAUCAGGCACCGUGGGCGCUGCCACCGAGGCUGCCCUCGAGGGUUUCCCCGCCGUCGCUUUCUCUGGUAGCGUCGGCCGCUCCACCGCAUACUACGACUCAACCCCGAACUACAGCCAAGUCUAUGCCACUCUCGCAGCUCAGCUCACCAGUGUACUGUUGCAGGGCGCCAGACCAGUCCUGCCCUCCGGAAUCUUCCUCAACGUGAACUUUGGCGCUGUCUCUGGCUCUCAGUGCACUCGUGCUAGUGACUUCCAGUUCGUGCUCACUCGUAUCCUGCCUGCUUCGCGGAACACCCCGGCCGACGUGAACAUCUGUGACAAUGACGGACGCCUGCCCACCGAGACUGACGUGGUGAAGAGCGAUGGAUGCUAUGUGAGCGUGUCGGUGGCUACGGCGUGGAAGGAGGAUGCUGAUGCCUCAGCACAGAAGUUUGUGCUCAACAGACUGUCCUCCAUUUUGAGCUGCUGA